AUGCCGGCAGUCGAGAGAAAUGCAAGUAGAACCACCAGCCUCAACUCUGCCAUUUUCCCCUGUGAACGGGACUCUCCAAAUGUAGCCAUCCGCGGCCGCCGUGCCGGGGCCGCCGCCCGUCGGUCCCCGUGGCCCCCAGCGCCCCGGCGACUUUCCGGUGUGUUUCGCAGAGUCAGUGUCCUGGUGGGAGCUCCCAAAGCCAACACCACGCAGCCAGACAUAGUGGAAGGAGGAGCGGUGUACUACUGCGCCUGGCCCGCCACCCAGUGCAGGCAGAUACCCUUCGAUAAUACCAACAACAGGAAAAUUAAAGUCAAUGGCACCAGGGAACCUAUUGAAUUUAAGACAAAUCAGUGGUUUGGAGCAACAGUCAAAGCUCAUAAAGAAAAAGUUGUGGCUUGUGCUCCCUUAUAUCACUGGAGAACCCUUAAAGAUAGCCCUGAGAAGGACCCCGUUGGAACCUGCUAUGUAGCAAUUCAGAACUUCAGUGCCUAUGCUGAAUAUUCACCUUGUCGUAACAGCAAUGCAGAUCCAGAAGGACAAGGCUUUUGUCAAGCAGGUUUCAGCUUAGAUUUUUACAAGAACGGAGACCUGAUAGUAGGCGGGCCCGGUAGUUUUUACUGGCAAGGUCAGGUAAUCACUGCAAGUGUUGCAGAUAUCAUUGCAAAUUACUCCUUCAAGGAUAUUCUGAGGAAACUGGCACGAGAGAAGCAAACAGGAGUGGCACCACCUUCAUAUGAUGACAAUUACAUGGGAUACUCAGUGGCUGCUGGGGAAUUUACUGGGGAUUCUGAACAAGAGUUGGUUGCUGGAGUCCCAAGAGGAGCACAGAACUUUGGCUAUGUCUCGAUUAUUAAUUCUUCAGACUUGACUUUUAUCCAGAAUUUCACUGGUGAACAGAUGGCGUCUUAUUUUGGGUACACUGUUGCAGUAUCUGAUGUUAACAAUGAUGGUUUAGAUGAUAUCUUAGUUGGUGCCCCUCUCUUCAUGGAACGAGAAUUUGAGAGCAAGCCUAAAGAAGUUGGGCAAGUUUAUCUAUACCUGCAAGAAAGUGCUUUCCUCUUCCGAGAUGCGCAAAUUCUGACAGGCACUGAAGUGUUCGGUAGAUUUGGCAGUGCAAUCACACACCUUGGAGAUCUCAAUCAAGAUGGAUAUAAUGACAUUGCUAUUGGUGCACCAUUUGCAGGAGAAGACAGAAGAGGGAAAGUGCUCAUUUACAAUGGAUACAGUAAUGGGUUAAAUACUAACCCUUCCCAGGUUCUGAAUGGAGCCUGGGCCUCACAGUCUAUGCCUUCGGGAUUUGGCUUCACUCUAAGGGGAGACUCAGAUGUAGACAAGAAUGAUUACCCAGAUUUAGUUGUAGGUGCAUUUGGAGCUGGAAAAGCAGUUGUGUACAGAGCCAGACCUGUUGUGACAGUGAAUGCUCAGCUCAUUCUGAACCCCAUGAUUGUGAAUCCAGACAAUAAAACUUGUCAGCUCCCUGACGCUCAGCUUUUGGUGGCCUGCUUUACUGUAAGAGUCUGCGCAGACUUUGAAGGUCAAAGUAUUUCAGAUGAGAUAGUGCUGAAAGGUGAAUUGCAAUUAGAUUCACUGAAACAGAAAGGAGCUGUUAAGAGGACACUCUUCUUUGACAGCCAUCAGUCACAUCAUUACUUCUCCAUUGUAAUAGAAAGACAGAAACAGCUCCAUUGCCAGGACUUCCUUGUUUAUCUCAGAGAUGAAACAGAAUUUAGAGAUAAAUUAUCUCCCAUCAAUAUAAACUUGAAUUAUAGUUUGGAUGAAUCCAAUUUUGAAGAUAGCUUGACUGUGAAGCCAAUACUGAACUAUUACCAGAAAAGCUCAGUAACAGAACAGGCUUACAUUCUGGUUGACUGUGGGGAGGACAACUUGUGCAUUCCUGACUUGCAGCUUUCUGCUUUGCCAGAUAAAGAUCAGCUAAUAAUUGGAGAAGAAAACUGUGUCAUGCUCAUAAUAAAUCCAAGGAAUGAUGGGGAAGGAGCCUAUGAAGCUGAGCUACAUAUAAGGAUUCCACCUGAAGCAGAUUACACUGGGGUUGAACGCAACAACAAGGCACUGCGCGUAUUGAGCUGUGAUUACAAGAUGGAAAAUGAAACUAGAAUGGUGGUUUGUGAUCUUGGGAACCCCAUGGUGGCUGGCGCAAACUUCUCUACAGGCAUUCGAUUUUCUGUUCAGCAUUUUGAAAAUGCAGAUUUCAGCAUCAAUUUUGAGCUGCAAAUAAAAAGUUCUAACAAGAUUAAUCCCACCAGCAAUUUAGUUAACCUCCAUAUCAACAUCAGUGCUGUGGCUCAAGUACAGAUCAGAGGAGUGUCUCACCCCCCAACAAUUAUUUUGCCACUUCACAACUGGGAACCCAAAGAUGAACCUACAAAAGAAGAAGAACUUGGUCCUUUAGUAGAACACAUCUACGAGCUGCACAAUAUAGGACCAAGUGCCAUCAACAAUACAGUUCUCCAUGUUGGUUGGCCUGUGUCCAGUCGAGAAGAAUUUCUUCUUUACAUUCUUCAUAUUCAGACACACGGACCAUUGCACUGUCAAACAAGCUCUCCUAUUAAUGCAAUGCAAAUAAAGCCAUUUGCUGUUCCACAAGACACUCCCGAACUUGCUGCUUUUUUAUACAAUUCCACAAUUUCUCAUUACAUCAGGAGAAGGGAAGUCACAGUGGCAGAACCUUACAAGAAAAACUCUGCAAAAAUAUUGAACUGUACAAAUGUGAAGUGUAUCCUAAUUUCCUGCACUGUGGGACAACUGGAAAGAGGAAAGAGUGCAGCGCUAAAAAUCAGGUCCCGGCUAUGGGCCCAAACAUUCCUGGAGAGAAAGAAUGAUCUCUAUACUCUUUCUUCCAAUGUGUCCUUCGAAGUUAAGAGCAUGCCAUAUAAAGUACAACCAGCAAAGCUCCCCGAGGGAAGCAUAGCAAUCAGAACAUCUGUCAUUUGGUCCACUCCAAAUGUCUCCUUUGUAAUCCCUUUAUGGGUUAUAAUACUAGCAAUACUUCUUGGACUACUGGUACUAGCUAUGUUGACCCUAGCUUUAUGGAAGUGUGGCUUCUUUGACAGAGCUAGACCUCCUCAAGAUGACAUGGCUGACAGGGAACAACUGACAAAUAACAAGACUACUGAUGCAUAGAGGAAGAGAGUGACAGUUCACAUCAGAAUCCUGCCUGAGACUAAAAACACAACGAGGAUUAAAUGAAGGAUUCCUUCCACCAGUCUUCCUUUGUACCUGCAAGUGACGUGGUGUCAUAAUCUGAUCUAUGCAACGUUCUGAGAACAUGCCACAUGAUGGCCAUUCUUGCCAAAGAAAGCAGCUUUACCACUGCCUUACAAACACACCCACCACUGAACAGAAUGUUUAUCCCAUAUUACAGUCAGUCUACAUUUCAACAGAUGCUUUUGAACACGUGUGGUAUACCAAGAUGCUUCCAGAACAAGCCCAAAUCUCCCAAGGAGAGAACGCCUGCGUUGCUGUACUGUCUAGAAGAUGGACCAAACUUCUGAAUGCUACUGUAUUAUGCAGAAUACCUUUGACACCUCCCUAAGAAUAAGAACUUUUAUGAAAUUAUGGCUCAGGGAGACAAGCAAUAUCAGUACUGUGGAAGUACUUCUGAAAAACAAAGGUAGCCUAUAAAGAACUUUAUAGAUGGGGCACAAUUAUUUAUUUUUCCACCUUUUCAGGAUAAGUAUCUGAUAUAAUCAUCAACUUAGCUUUUGAGAGAAGUAAAAAAAUAGAAAUCAUGUACUUACCUUGCAUGUAAAUACAAAAGUAAACCCGUUGUACACACAGAACACAUCUUUCUUG